GACUAUCGCGUUUAGCACCUGCCACAAACACACCUCUGCUCUCUUGUAUUAUCCCAUGUGGUCCUUGCCCUGACACAAAAGAGAAUGAAGUGCUUCAGGUGCCAAAAACAGGUGGGCAAAAAUAUAACGAGAAAGAGAGAAAGGGAGUGAGAGAGUGAGUCCUGCUUUAGCCAAACUCCUCUACAGACUUCUACACAUUAUCUACACAUUACACAGCACUGUGGGUCCGCAGUUUUUCCGGGGCAGUGUCCUGGAGGUUCCAAACCCUCUGAAGAUGUAUGGCCUGUAUUUGGAAGCAGUGAAUGACUACAUAAAUGAAUCGUACGGAGAGGACGUAUGGAGACUAAUUGAGGCCAGAGCAGAGAUCCCUCACCUAAAAUUUGUUCGACUCCAGAUGUACAAUGAUAAUCUUAUCCUGCGAUUGGCAAAGGCAGCUGGGGAAGUUUUGGGAAAAACUCAUGAUGAGCUCAUGUAUGCUUUUGGGGUCUACAUGGUUAAGCGGAUAGGAAACUAUGGCUAUGAGAGGAUCCUAAAGGUACUGGGUCGCAACGUGCGCGACUUCAUCAAUGAGCUGGAUAACUUGCAUGAGUAUUUCCGUUUCUCAUUCCCAAAAGUCCAGCCACCCAGUUUCUGUGUAGAGGAGGAGUGUGAGACCAGCCUCACCCUGCACUAUCGCUCUACCAGAAAAGGCUUCACACAGUUUGUCAAAGGGCAGCUCUCUCAGGUGGGCCGACAGUUUUACAACACAGACAUCGAGGUGGAAAUUCUGUCCAAAGAGGAAACCGAGAAAAUGACAUAUGUGGUGUACAAGAUGAAUUUUGACAACGCUGCGUUUAAGCACCGUAUGCCUCAACAGAAAACAGCUCCAGGCUAUGAGAAACUGCCCAUGAAGAGAGGAAUCUUUUUCGACAUGUUCCCCUUCAGCGUCAUUUUCCGCAGGGACAUGACCAUGUUUUGGAUCGGAGACGGUUUGAAGGAGGUGUUUUCUGAUCUGCAGGGUAAAAAAGUAGACGAAGAAUUUACACUGGUGCGACCCAUGCUGGAAUUCAGCUGGGACAAUAUCUACACCCACCUCAACAAUGUGUUCGAGUUGUUGUCUAAAGCUGUGGUGGAGAGCAAACAGAAAGUCAACAUUCCCAAACUCAGCAAAGAAGAACCAGAGGAGAAAGAGGAAAGCGAAAAACCCAAAAAGGAAGAAAGAGACAUUAAGGUGAUGGAGGACAUAAAAGGCACGGACCAGGAAUACAGCAGCUCUGUGACUCUAUACAACAGCUCGGCAAACUCGGGAGGAGAGGACAUCGAGCUGCUGGCUUUUCAGACAGUCACCGGUAAGUGUAGCGAAACCAUAUUUGAAGACAUGCGAGAGCCCCCUAAAAAGCCUCUCCAUCUGAAGGGUCAGAUGAAGUACGUCCCGCAGUGGGACUCCCUCAUCUUCCUUGGAACCCCAAUUAUUGAGACAGUGGAGGACAUGAUAAAAAUGGGCGUCUAUGUCAAUGAUUUAAACCUGCACGACUCGAGCAGAGAGCUCAUUCUGGCCGGAACACAGCAGUCGGCCGAACUGCAGCUUGCACUUGACCAGGAGCAGCAGAAGUAUGCGCAGCUGCAGGAGAUCAUUAAAAAGCUGGAUGAGGAGAAGAAGAGAGGGGACUCCCUACUGUACGCCAUGAUACCCAAAGCCGUGGCAGACAGACUGCGCAAGGGAAUAACAGCCCUGGAGACAUGUCAGGUGUUUCCAGACGUGACCAUUCUGUUCAGCGACGUGGUGAAGUUUAAUGAGAUCUGUAUCCACAUAACCCCUAUGCAGGUGGUGGACAUGCUAAAUGAAAUCUACAUCGUUUUUGACACGCUCAGCGAGAAGCACAACGUUUAUAAGGUGGAGACCAUACGUGAUGCCUACAUGGUGGUGGCAGGUGUGCCCAAUAAGACCACGUUCCACGCCCAUCACAUCUGUGACAUGGCUCUAGACAUGCUGAGCUCCAUCGAUCACCUGAAAGACCCCUCCACCGGAGACAACAUCCAGAUCCGCGUGGGCAUUCACUCUGGGAUGGUGGUGGCUGGAGUGGUGGGUCUGAAGAUGCCGAGAUAUUGUCUGUUCGGGGACACAGUAAACACAGCAUCUCGGAUGGAGUCAAAUGGCGUGGGUAUGCAAAUCCAUAUCAGUCAGACCACCAAAGAUCAUCUAGAGCAUGAGCCAUACAUCAUUGAGGAACGCGGAAAGAUUUUUGUAAAGGGUAAAGGUUAUAUGAAGACAUACUGGCUGAAGGGAAAGAAAGACCUCUCCUUUAAGACUCCAGCAGAGCUCAGAUACAGCAAUGAGCAGAAGGACUCUGAAGACAGAAGCUCUAACGGUUCCACUUGCACCAACAGCAAACAUCCCCCAUCCGACAUGAAUACCCCCAAUGAGGAACAGGCUGAGGGAAAGCCCACUCCUUCUGACCUUCCCCAGGACACCCUACAACCACUAGAGGGCACCUCAGACCCAACCACAUUCAUCAAUGAGUCCCAGGAAAAAGAAAAGGCGAAAAAGAUAAAGAAUAACAAAGGAGGAAAAGCAGACAACGCAUCGGGUAAUGCACAGGAGAGCACUUCCCCUGCUGGGGGUCCGGAUAACGCAGCUCCAGAGCUAAACAACAAAAAGCACAGUUUCAGAAGCCAAUACGCACGAUUGCCAGCCAAUCUCCCCAUGCGAAGCACAUCCUGCAGUCUGCUGUGACAAUCCUGGAGAGCUUGGUAUGAUAGUUUAAUGCAAAACGAUUGGCCCCGCAGACUUCUUUUCAACUUGUUUCCCCAUUGGAAAAUCCAUUUUGUGCUUUGGUACAUGAUGGCUGGUUUCUAGCUGGUCUGAGUUGGUGGACCAGCUGGUAGCUGGACUGUUGCUGGUCCAAGAUGGUCUACAGACUUUGACUGGCUAAAACACAGCUGGCAUGUUCCAAAAAAAAUGACUAACAGCUCAGAUUUGACAGAUCCAUGUUUGAUUAUCAGAUCAGAUAGAAAAUGAUCAGACAACUGAAUUCAUGUCAGCAAAUUCUACAAUUUUAGUUAAAGACUGUGGCACAUAAACAAAAAGUUUCAAUGCAGAUUUCUCUCAUAUCUGCCAAAAAUAAUUGGCUUUGUGGCUUAGUUGGGAAGCUAAACUUCAUGAUAUUUCUGGAACACGAUUUGACAUUUCGGUAUGAAAGUAAAUAAGUCUGAAUAAUAUUUUUGGUUGCUGGAAAACUGUUUGUCCUCGCAUCUGGAUACAGAGCAGGACAUGAUUUAAUCUGGAUCAAAAAUUAGAUUAAAAAAAUCAGAUUAGUCAGAUUUAAAAAAAUCCAUAAAAAUAAAUAUGUAUAAAAACAAUUUGUAACACUCUCUUUAAAUCCGAGCAUCAGAUUGACAGCAGAGUACAGUCUGGUUGCCACUUCCCUCUUUCAAGAGUUUGAAUAACCGUCUCUAAAUAUUUUAAUAUUAAAUGUGAUAUGUUAAAAUCUGUAUUGAGUAUAUUAGCAUAUUUGUAUGUACAGUUUUAUUCCAGAAAUAUGUUUAAGAUUUGAAAUGUUCAGUAUUACACAUGUCAUGAUGUGCCGAAUCAUUGUUUUAACUGAAU